UUCAUCCAUGUGCAGGUUCAACUUUACAUGGGUUUCGACUUAGCGUCGUCUUGGAGAUGGAAACCAUCCAGUUGCUUGUUCGUAUUUCAUCAUUCCAGCGAUCAGAAAUGGUUCUUGCAGCUAACAGUUGCCGCAUUAGAUUCUGCAUCUGAGUUGUUUGUGCAUGAGGGUGUGUGAAGACUGUGCUGUUUGUAGUUUUUGAGAAAAGUAGUAAACGAAGGAGGUUUAGAGGGAAGAGGAUAAGAUUAGUUUGUGUUGCAAUCAUGAAGGUGGUGCCUGUGCCGUGCUUGGAGGACAACUAUGCCUACUUAGUGUUUGACGAAGAAACCGGUGAUGCAGCGGUUGUUGACCCAGUAUGGCCUGACCAAGUAUUGCAGGCAGCUCAAAUAAAUGGCGCCAAGGUUAAGAUGGUUCUCACCACUCACCAUCACUGGGAUCACGCUGGUGGCAACAACGGCAUGAAGAAGCUUCUCAAGGAUGUGCCGAUAUAUGGUGGCGUGAAGGACAAAGUAGAGGGUUGUUCACACCCUGUGCAACAUGGUGACGAGUUUUCUAUCAGUCCCACUGUUCGUGUCAAAUGCCUCGAAACUCCAUGCCAUACGAAAGGGCAUAUAAGCUACUUCAUCACAAGCACACUGCCCAAUGAUAAAUCCGCCGUGUUCACUGGCGAUACUUUGUUUAUUGGCGGUUGUGGCAGGUUUUUCGAGGGAACCCCUGAUCAAAUGUACCAGUCAUUGUGCAAAACCCUCGCGUCACUUCCUCUUGAAACUCAAGUCUAUUGUGGUCACGAGUAUACUCAGAAGAAUUUGGAAUUUGCUUUGACACUCGAGCCUAAGAACGAGGCAUUACUCAGGAAGAUGGAAUGGGUGCUGCGUCAGCGGAAACAGAAACUUGCUACUGUGCCAUCUACCAUUGGGGAUGAACUUGAAUUUAAUCCUUUCAUGCGAGUGGAUCAGAAAUCUCUUCAGCUAGCAACUGGUCGGGAAUCGCCUCUUGAAGUCAUGGCAGAAGUGAGGCGCAUGAAAGACAACUACAAGGGCCGCUAGUACUCGUGUACUAUCACAUGUGUGAUAAGUAGUGUGUGACUUCAUUUCUGAGAGGUUCCAUCUUGUGAGGUAGCAUAACCUUUACUUCCUUAUGCUGUUGAUAUUUGAAGACUGGAGAAUGUUAUUGGGGCCAUUGACAUUGCUGGUGGCGUCCAUGGCUUGUCCGCAGUUACCAAUGUUAAGAAGUAAGUGUUUCUAAACAAGUUGCCAACUGCUCUGAGAGAACAAUUGUAUAUGUCUCUAUUUUGUAAGAAGACGAGGAGGUAAAGUGCUUUCAGAUACGGCGAAAUUUCGCCGUAUCUACCAUUCUCACUGAUUAUUUCA